AUGGCUGGAAAAGGUGGAAAUAUUGAGCUUGGGAUGCAAAUGGCGCUAUUUUACGAAGGAACCAGAACCCUACAGAUAUUGCAUGGUUUCACUCAGACAACAACGCCCCGUAAGAACAAGGGACAAACCUGGGACACGACCGAUGAUUUCUCCCGCAUUCACGAUCGUUACGUGAACAAGAAAUAA